AUGAACCGCUCUCUCGAACAAACCCUCUUCUCCCUCAUACCAACCCACACGGGCCCCCUCCCACAACAACUCCUCGAUCUAGCCAGCUCCCUUCUAGCCCAAUCCCGCCACCGCGCUGCCACACUCAAACCCGACGAGGAAGUCGCCCGGCCUUAUGCCUGCGCCCACAUCGCCUGCGAGCGCCUCAAGACCUCACUCAACCUGCCGCCCAUCCAGCCCCGUCCCCCAAUAGGACCCCGCAACUACAAGCGUCUGUAUAACUUGUUGGACAAUGUCCUGCCUGCGGGUAGCGUGACGCCAGGGCGCGUUAGGACGCCGAGUGCUAAGCUGCGUGAGCAGCAGGAGUAUCAAAGGGAGCGGGAGUUGCAGGCGCAGUCGCCGUUGGCGAAGAAGACAAGGGUAGCUGAGACUGGGAGUCCAAGUAAAGCCCGUCCGCUUGGAGUGAGUCCGGUGAAGAAACGGUCUGCGGCUGGGAGUGAUGUCCUUCCGAGGUGGAUGCGUCCUACGCUACGGUUUCUGCUUUCACGAAUCGGCCCAGCCCGGAUAGGGCCCAUCGUUGCAGCGGCACUUGAUUCGAUCGUCGGUCCCCAUGGCAAGCGGACUGAGGACGACUGGGUACUAGCUAGGAUGCCUGCUGUCCUUGGUGCGCUGUACAUGUACGUGUGGAGGAGGGUAGUCUUAGCGGGGAGCAACUUGGGACGAGAUCAGUACAUCAAAAUCAGCAAGCAGAUCUUGGACGCUCUCGCCAGGGCUCGGGAUGAGCUUGACCUGCCUGUAGAGGCCUGGGAGGACGGAUGGCGUGAGAUUAAGGGGAAGGACCUUGAUGCGACUCUUCUCAAAGGCCAUGAGAAGGGAUGGUAUGAAAUGGACUGGGUUGGUGGUGUGAAAGAUUUAUUGGACCAAGGUGAAAGGCGGGAUGUGGAAGAAGGGGAAGAACAUGGUGAAGAGGAAAGGGAAGAGACCAUCAAGAUCCGCAAGCCUGACACCAUGUUCCAGGAGAGAUACGACUUCUUAAGCGAAGUCAAGCUCAAGAAGUAUGACGAAUGGAAGGCAGGCAUCCUGCAAAGCAUCAAAGCGAUCCAAGCAGGCAAAGCUUGA